AUGCACUUUGUCGCUAGCCUUGUUGCCGUCGGCUCCAUUGCCUCUCUGGCUUCCGCCAGCGCUGGUUUCGAGUUCCCCGCCGCUGUCCCCUUGUCUAAGCGCCAGACCUCUGGUCCUGCCUAUAAUUGCCACGCCAACUGCGGCUACGCGAUUCAGGACUCUGCCAAGGACGGCUACUGCGAGGACUCCAAGUGGAAGGAUCUCCUCAGCGGUUGCCUCGACUGCGCCAUGACGUACGACAUCUGGAAGUACUAUGGCGACAAGGUCGGCGCUGCUGCCAAGAAGUGCGGCCUUGAUGCCACUCCCAAGGCGGCUGCGGCGAGCGGAAGCGCGUCGACUUCCGAGGCACCCAAGACCACUGCCGCGCAAUCUUCUGCCCCGGCUUCCUCUGCCCCGGCUACCCAGCCUUCCGCCUCUGGCCAUCCUUCGCAGCCGGCUACCGCCCCUCAGACUAGCCAUGCCUCGGGCUCCUCUCAGGUGCCGUCUACCUCUGCUGCCGGGUCGCACUCGUCUGGUGCUGCCACCACUGGUGUUGCUACUACCGCCAAGCCCACCACUGGCACUUCUCACACUGCUGGCAACAACACCACCUCCACCCCGGUCCAGGUUGGCGCUGCCUAUAUCCAGAAGCCUGCCAUGCUCGCUGCUGGUGCCGUCGCUGUUUUCGCUGUCAACAUGAUCUAA